AUGCCCGCCCAGCCCGGCUUCAGGUCUCUUGAUGUCGGAGUAGUCGGCGGUGGUAUUGGAGGUCUGAGUACUUCUAUUGCUUUACGUCGUGCCGGACAUCGAGUCACGAUAUACGAACGUGCGGAUUAUGCUGGCGAAGUUGGUGCUUCAGUAUCUUGCGCUGCUAAUGGCACAAAAUGGUUACAUGAAUGGGAUGUUCCAGUCGAAAAAGGAGAUCCUAUUAUUUUGAAGAAGCUAAUCCGACAUGAUUGGAAAACUGGGGAGCCUGACUCUGUUUAUGACCUCGAUGAUUACGAGGAGAAGUGGGGACAUGUCUACAAUAUGUUUCACAGGCAACAUAUGCACGCCAUGCUUAUGGACAGUGCUGUAGCCGAGCCAGAAAAGCCAGGUGUACCAGUGAAACUGCUUGUCAACCGCAAGUGCUCCGGACUUGACGUUGAGACUGGCACAAUUACUUUUGAAAAUGGCCAGACUGCAGUUCAUGACGUAGUCAUCGGUGCCGAUGGUAUUGGAUCUGCAAUUCGUUCUCUCAUCGGUAUUGAAGUUGAGAGGAGAGCAGCCGACGCUAGUUGUCUCCAUGCAAACGUAGAUACAGAGGAGGCAAUUAAGCUUGGUUUAGUCGAUUACUCGCAAAAUAGCGCACUCGAAUAUUGGGGAGGCCUUAAUACUCAUUAUAAGAUCGUCUUGUCACCUUGUAAUGGUGGAAAACUGCUCUCUUACUACUGCUUCUUCCCAAGAGACAAGGGAGAUUAUUCAAACCAGGCAUGGGGCGCGAAAGGAACAAUAGAAGAACUUCUUGCCCCUUUUCCAGAUCUGGAUCCCCAGGUUUACAAGCAUUUAUCCAUCGGAAAGGAUGUCGCCCCUUGGAGAUUAUGGAUUCAUGAACCCUAUCCAUACUGGCAAAAGGGUACUGCUUGUGUGAUUGGAGAUGCAGCUCAUCCGAUGAUGCCCGAUCAAAGUCAAGGAGCAUGUAUGGCCAUCGAAGAUGCCGCAGCCCUUGGCAUUAUUUUUAGCGAGAAACAUUUCAACGGCGAUGUGCACGAGGCUCUAAAAGUCUACGAACAAGUCAGGAAGCCCCGUGCAACCCGUGUACAAGCCGCAGCCGCGAAAGCACGAGAGAAUAUCAAUGAGCGCAUUGGCUUCUCAAGUAACACCGACUCAGCAGUCUACAAAGUUUCUGACGAGAAGGCAAAAUUGACAAUUGAAGAGAUGAAUGCAUAUGACAUGCACGACGAUGUACUGAAGCAUUAUGCACAGAUUAGGGGCAAUUGA